AUUUGGGCCUGGUUUCCCUCGGCGUGGGCACAAUGUGGACAUGCGCGACGCCCGCCGUUGUCCUCCCCCUGUCCCGCCGUCGAUGCCACCUCCCCUGUCCAAAACUUUGAGCCGAUGCCGUGAUGCGGGCGCGGAGGCUGCUGCGCCACAGCAUCGCGCUUCCGGGGGCUCGUGUCGCUGUCCCGGCCGGGACGGUGACGACGCCCGUUCUGGUCAGGUCCCGCCCGGCGGCGUCUUCCCAGGCGGGCCCGACGCCUACUGUUGACGAGGGCCUCAACUUCCCGGCAGUCCGCGAGGUCGUUCCGGUGGAAAGAUCCACCGGGCACCACCUGCCGGUACACCCCUCGAAAUCGUUGGUCCCCUUUACGGCCGAGGACGUCGCGGAGGUUGUCCACCCGUUCCGCCAGACGCGGGGCUCCCCUGCUGCGGUGGUGGCAACUUCCCUCUGGUGACCGAAAGGGAAGGGCUUUUUCCCUUGGGGAAGCGCCGGCGUCCCCCGGUGGUUGGGCGAUGGCGAGCAAUUUCCACCUGCCACGGGGUGUCGGAGAAAGCACAUGGUUGAUGGCGGACAUGGUUGAUGAUGAUGCAGCAAAUGUUUAGUCAAGUAUAUUUGGAUUUAGCUGUAGUGUUCAAACAUAUCAAUCCCCUGUCACUGCAACUGAGACUAGCCACUGACAAUGGUUGUUAACCGUUCGACUCAGAAAACUUGAAAAUGUGUUAUUCCAGCUGAGACACCUAAAGUUCUACUAGUUAAUGUCCUUUUAAGGAAUUGUAGGUUCUGAAAUUCUAGUAUUCAUGUUACAAUUCCUGGUCCAGUUUACAGUGAAGCUUUACAAAGGGCAUUGCCUAAGUUAUAUGUAAUUCAAGUAGGAUCCUUGGGGUAACAUCUAUGAUCUCUUUGUUCAGUGAGCUACAAGCAUGCUUAGAUUGCUGGCUGCAGCUAAAUUGCGGUUCAAUUUUUGUGAUAUUAUUUUUACCAUUUAUCAAAUAUCUGAAGAGUGAUUAAAUGAAUCUGCACCAUUGGACAGAGUGUUUCAAGUAUUUUUCCCAGAAGAAAAUAUGUCCAAUGGUUUAAUUGCGUACCUUUUGCUUCUCCUAGUUGUCUUAUAUUUCACCGAUCUUGUUAUUUUGCAGCUGAUAAUGGAGAGAUAGACUGUUUCUCAACCAUGGCAAGUACACCAAUUUUAACAGUAAAGACCCUUCAUAUCAAUUCAGCGAUUCUUGCUGCAAGAAGUCGUUUCUUUCUAAAGCUUUUCUCAAAUGGCAUGAAUGAAUCUGAUCAGACGCAUCCAAGAAUCAGGAUUGCUGAUUCAGAGGAAAAUGCCUUUAUGGAGCUUUUAAGCUUCAUGUACAGUGGAAAGUUGACAACAAUUGAGCCCACUCUUCUGCUUGACAUCUUAAUGGCUUCCGACAAAUUUGAGGUUCUUUCUUGCAUGAGGUACUGCAGUCAGUUGCUCAGAAGCCUGCCUAUGACCACAGAAUCUGCACUGCUAUACCUAGACCAUCCAUGCUCCCUUUCAAUGGCUGUUGAAGUUCAGGGUGUGGUAGGUGCAGCCAGGGAAUUCCUUGCUGAGAAAUACAAGAUUUUAGACAAGUUUGAAGAAUUGAUGAACAUCUCUCUUUCUGGAAUCGAGGUGAUCUUUUCAAGCACUGACAUACAAGUAGCAUCUGAAGAUGCGGUAUAUAACUUCUUGCUCGAGUGGGCCCGUGCGCGAUACCUGGAACCGGAGGAAAGACGUGAGAUCUUGAGCAGCCGUUUGCUUCCGCUGGUAAGCUUCAGUCAUAUGACAUGUGCGGCACUUCAGGAGAUCCUAGCAUCCACUGAUGAUGACAUAGACCGUGAGCAAGUAACCAAGCGCAUCAAUGAGGUCCUUCUUCACAAAGCUUACCCAACCCAGAUGGAAGGUGCUCUUGCAGCAGAUGCAUCAACUCUCAAUUGGCAGUCUGCUGAGCGAACUUACGGGUCCAAACAUGUGAAAGCGGUUGCAUUUGAUCGACCUUACCCACAGGUUAUAGUUUACAUGGAUCUAAAGCGCGACGAGUGCUCCCAAUUCUUCCCAUCAGGAGUUAUAUUGUCAGACUGGUUCCAUCUCGCAGGUCAGAAAUUCUAUCUCAUGGCAAACUGUGUACUGGAUGAGCAGACAGAGUUGUACAGCUUUGGCCUCUGGUUAGGGAUAUAUGGAAAUUCUAUUUCAGGCUCGCUGUGUUUCGAUAUUGAGUUUGCUGCAAGGACAAGAUCGUCAGGAAAAUUCUUGAGCAAGUACGGCGGUAGGCACACAUUCAGCGGGCCUUUGCUGGAGGGAUGCGAUGAUCUUUUUGGAGUUCCAUGGUCGACGUUCAUUGCGGACGACAGCCUCUUCAUCGACGGCGUGCUGCAUCUGAGAGUUGAUCUGACUGCGGUGGAGUAGCCUGAAUUAUACACCUGAUGGUAUUUCACUCAGCAAAGUUAGGGUGUGUCUUGAGCCCUGCAUGUGAUACUGUGAGCUGCUGCAGCAGCCAGGAAGUUUAAUCCCUGGGCGUUGUCCGGGGUAACCUGAAUCAUGUGUUGUUGUUGUUGAUCGGUUGCUACUGCAAGUCAGUAGUAACGUGUGUGUGUGCGCUGACUGCUGACUUUUGUAUGUUGGUAUCAUACUUUAGAAUUUUAUUUAUGCAUGUGCGAAUGGUCUCUG